AUGGUAGAACACGCUAGUUUAAUUUCCGAAUUUAGGAGUAUAGUUAAUUGUAAUGAACAAUUAGCUCAAUUCUAUUUAGAAGCUAAUAAUUGGGAUUUAGCUGGUGCUUUAACCGCUUAUUAUGAAAACCCUCCGCCUAGUAGUAGUAGUGAUAUAGACCAAGCAACAAAUACUGCUUUUGGAUCAAAUCAACAAGAGUCUCAAACUUCUUCUACACAAAAUAAUCCUUCAAGCUCCUCAAGAAAUAGAGGUAGUCGUGCUCAUACAGAAGAACCUGAAGUUGCUGCGUCAUCUUCUACUUCUUCUCAAGUUUUCACCGGAACAGAUGGUCCUUUAAUGGCUUAUGAUGAUCCAGAAAAUCAAGAAUUUUUGAAAGCUAUUAGAAGCGGUCAAAAUCAACCAGUCGAUGUACGAGUUUCACGUAGAUUAGAUGAAGAUUACAAACCACCACCAAAGAAACCUACCAGACCAUUUUCUGGAUCUGGACAAAGACUUGGCAGUAUAACACCAGUUGUUGUUUCCAGUCAAAAAUUUGAAGUUGACGAGUCACUGCCAAUCACAUCACUCCAAAUACGUUUAGCGGAUGGAACAAGAAUGCUUGCUAGGUUUAAUCACACACAUACUGUUAAUGAUAUUCGAAAUUUUAUUAAUGCCUCACGAGUUGGAGAAGCACAACGAAAUUAUUUAUUACAAACAUCAUUUCCAGUAAAUGAUUUAAAUGACGGAUCACAAACUUUAGAAGAAGCAUCUCUUCUUAACUCUGUGGUUAUUCAGCGAUACACUUAG